GAGAGGCGGCAAGGCAGCAAGGUAGCGAGGCAGCAAGGCAACGACCACGGCAAGGCAGCCGGCGACGAGGCAUCUCUGCAUGACAACGAAUCCGCGACCACGGCAAGGCAGCAAGGCAACGACCACGACAAGGCAGCCGGCGACGAGGGGCCUCUACACGACGACGGCUCCGCGACCACGAGCAGCAGGUCAGGCUUAUGGGAUUGCAUUGCAAACUUGUAGGUUCAGGUAUAGCGGUUCAGGUUUAGGUGGUGCCAAAUGUUGAUGAAGAACAAGCAGGAAAUGAAGAUCAAGAACAAGAACCAGCUCUGACCAUCAACUUCUGCUCUCUGCUUCCUCUGCAUCAGAAAAUCCUCUAUUUUCUGCUGAAAAAUACCCUGCUUUUUGAGAUAAAUAUGCAAAUGUUACUGUUCCCGCGAACUGGGUUAGCGGCCGCUAUCUCCGGCUAUAGCGGUUGUAGCGUUUGCAUGAGCCAGCCGCCCGCGAUCUUAAAAUUUGAUCACAAGUUAACUGAAUUCAAUCUUUGAACCAAACAGAGUUAAUCUCUGAGCUCGUGUUUCUUAAUUGCCCUACAUUGCAACUAUCCUGCAACUACCAAAUAUUUCUGGAAUGUAAAAGCACCAUGCCUUGAUAGUAUCUUGUGUGUAGAUGGACCAACCAUUGCUUCUUAGUUUCUUGCAAACUGGAGUCUUCUCACUCAUGGUACUCACUCAUGGUAGAAAGUGAUUCAGCUCAACUGCUGGCUUAGCCACAAACAGAACACAAAUGAUAAAAAGAAAGCUCCAAGUGUACAAAUGGGAGUAUCUAAUAAUGCACCAAAACGCUCUGGAAGAUAGAAGCUUCAUCUAAUCAGGCGCAUUGAAUGUUGAGCUGCUGCUGGUUCUUCCAAAACAUGAGAAAUAGAGUAUUCGUUGGGAAAUUGCACAUGAUUAGGAGGUAGUCAUAUCUCAUCGAUGCCCCUUUCUUUCAAAAUUGCCGCAGAACAGUGUUAAGCUUCAUGCACCAGCCAACGCAACCAAAAGUACGAACAGAUAGAAAGGGCUAGUACAAUCCACAUAUACUGUAACACCCCCUCUCACGUGUGACGGAGAAGACAAGUCAACACGUGCAACUGGAAGAGAGCGACGGCGCGCGAAACUCGCGUAUGACUCAGGAGGCCUCUACGUGGACACAAAGGGGGGCUAUCAGCAAUUUUUAAAUAAAUUGCGCAAACCAGGACUUGAACUCAAGACCUUAGCUCUGAUACCAUGUUAAGCUUCAUGCACCAGCCAACGCAACCAAAAGUCCAAACUGAUGGAAAGGGCUAGUACAAUCCACAUAUACUGUAACAAACAGAUCCACCAAGCAAACCUGAAAUCCUUCAUGAUUCAUGCAUACACUAUAUUAAACCUUAAAUAAAAUAGAAUCUGCAAGUUAGAUUAUGAACUAUAUAAAUUAGCAAGAAAAAGUCUAAAUUCACUAUAAAGGAUCCGAAGCACUGAAUGUAUUUUCGAGAAAUAGAAUAUGCAAAUCUUCGGUUCCAGUGCCUUGCUUUGCCUCUUCCCGCCAACAAAGACCAGAGCAGAUCCAAAGCACUACGCCACACUCAUGUGCUUAUCCACACAUAGGUACUUCUUCCGUUUUUAUUUACUCCGCAUAUUAGAGUUGACAAAUAUAUAUAAUGUUAAAAUACAUUCAAUAAUAAAUCUAAUUGUAUUGAGUUGUUAUUGUAUAUUUUAAUAUUUUUGUUUAUAAACUUGGUCAAAGUUUACAAAGCUUGACUUUGACCAAAGCUAAUAUGCAGACUAAAUAAAAAUGGAGGGAGUACAACAAUAGUACCUAAUCGAUUAGGACUUCAAGUCUGAAACUGACUCCUACUCAACUAGUUAGAGUCUAAAACCAUCGCACAAAAAAAAACAGUAAGAGUCUCUAAGACCACCUCAUGCAAGCCAAAUAGCCUGUUUAACAACGAAACUUGCACAGAACACGGAAAAAAAUACCUAUCACACUCGGACAUGGACAACACUGUCCAACUCCAAUUCGACUAAGCAUCUAACCAAAGAUUAUUCCAACAAAUUAGCUUGUUCAUAGAUGCGUAUUGGUAUAUGUUAAAUUAUUAUUAGCGUUGCAGCUACCAAAGGCGUUCUCACUUAUUAACGUGUUUUACUUCAGCGGCUCGGCCGCAAAGAUGUUGACGGCGCCACAGAGACAAUAAAUCUUCUUCUGGGUAACUUUAAAGUCAUAUAUUUUGAUGGUUGGAAUGGAUUUGGAGCAUCCUCUGUUCUUAGAUCCAUAGCUGCAAUGCUUCCAUCUAGGAGAACCCCUCCGGAACAAGUCUUCGACAAAAAAAUUCUUAUAGAUUGCUCAAAGUGGAAAAAUAAAAGAGGAGUGCAGAGGGCAAUUGCAAAGGAACUGCAACUUGAUCGCUCUAUAAUGGCUAUUCUAGAUGAGCAAGAUGAAGAUGAUGAUUUUUGGGGACGUGAUGAAAGCUCAAGGUGUGAGAUAGAUAGUGUUAGUCAAGUGAUUGAUAGGACCCUGAGGGAUAUCAAACUUAUGAUGAUUUUUCUUAAUGGGAGUGAUGAUGAGGUUGACGUAGGUCCCAUGGGUAUUCCUCUACCAAGAUAUGGCGACAACAGGGUGAUAUGGACCUUCAGCGGAAGCUACAUGUCCAUGCAUCAUAACCAAUCCAAGGUGGCAAGCAAGCUAAGAUCUACUGAGUUUUUUUUCUAUUGCUCUAUCGAAGAAUUGACAAGCUCACAGUUUCGUGGAUUGCUACAUCAACAAGCUGGUAGCAUAGUUGCUCGCAACCCAUGUAGGCUGGACAUUGACCAAACAAUUAUUGCAGAUUGCUGUCUCUACGAGUUAUUCCUACACUAUAAUUUCCACACCGUCACUAAAUUUGAUUGGGUUUCUCAUGCUUCUAACUAUUGGAUAUGCGAUGGGAUCAUACAAUGGGAAAGAGCAAGGGAUAUUAGUAAUGCAUUGCAUCUAGAGAUAAAUUGGAAGUGUGACGCUUCUCUGCUAGAUCAUGUUCUUAAAAUGUUCAUGGAACAUUCAGAGUCUCCUUUUCUGGCAAUUAAAGAUGACGAUCUCUAUGAAGAAGGCCCAUAUCGUUGGAUUUCGGUCACGUCGAGAGAUGCAGAAGUACAUGGGAUGAAAGCAAUACCUGCAGAGGCGUCAUCUUUCUUCUUGGCAUUUGAAAUAUCCAAUCCCCCAAGAGCUUUGCCAGGUGAAUUUUUUGAUUAUUGCAGCAAGCUUGGCGUUCUAACACUCUAUUGUUGUGCGUUCAAUUUUGCUUCACCUUCUUUCCUGAAGUGUCAUGGUCUAAGAUUCCUUGGACUGGACCACUGUACAGAUGACAAAACUAUUGGAGGAGAGAAUCAUGCAGUUUGGUUAUGUCUGAGUAGCUUGUGGGUGUUGGACCUGCGUUACACCGAUUGGAAUGAAAUCUUAUCCAAGGAAAUGUUAAAUCUCAUGAAAAAUAUCAGAGAGUUAAAUAUAGAGGGAGUCAGGGGCUGGCAAUACACUACUGAUCUACAAGGGCGAUUACCUAACCUCCAGAGGCUCAGAAUAAUCAAACCGACGUGUCAAUGGGAGACCUCAGAGGAUGUCGAUAACUCCUCUACGGAUAAGAAAAGUAUGGAAAUACUUGACUUGUCUGGCAAUUGUGACAUGAAAAUUCUUCCACCAAGCCUAUGGAAGGCAACUAGCCUCCGGUUGCUUGUACUUGAUGGUUGUGAUGGACUGGAAAGCAUUGGUAGGCUCCCUCCCUCCCUUGAAUCAUUUAGCUUUAAUGGAUAUGGGCCAGCUUCUCAAUGGACAGAAACUGCUGAGCUACCUUCAAAACAAUUUCGUCCAUCCAGCAGAACAGAUAAUAAGGAUGUCAGAAUAUCCAAGAUCUCCUUAGCAGGCUGCACCCAGUUGGAGAAUUUGUAUUUGUGUGGGCUACCCAACCUGGUGGAAUUGGACCUCUCUGGAACAUCAAUCAAGAUACUUGACUUCGAGACUAUGGUGGUGCAAAUCCCAAGGCUCAAGCGGCUGUUUCUAAUAGGAUGCAAGCACCUUCGUGCAAUAACCUUUUCGCACGAGAGUGUUCCUGACCUGGAGUUGCUGUGCGUAGACACGCGAGCUGGAAUCGUGUGUCCUCUUCGGCCAUCCAUCAGUAAAAACAAACCCACCAGGUUGCAGGUGCAUGGUGUUGUUGUAGAUGCAAGGCUUACUCACUCCUUGUCGAAUCUGAUCUUUAAUUAUAGACAAGGUGGUGUCCACUUUAAUAUCCACGUCACAUCCUCACCUAUGUAUGACGGGAUUAUUCAAUUUGAAGCAACCAACAAGGAUAUGAUUGGCCCCAGUGAUCAAGAGAGCCUGCAGCUUAUUCCAACGGGCCGGUACAGUGAUGUCCUUGGGAUGGUUGGCGUUGUCCCAAUGCAGGCCUUUCCACAGCCUCCGACUACAAAGUUUGAUCGACAUGUAGAGAUUGCUGAUGGGAGCUUCUACGUGGAGAGAGAACUUGGCGAAGCACUAGGCCAACUGAUGGGAAAUCAUGCGGAAUCCCUGCAUGUGCAUGAUAUCUUGGUACGUGCUAUUAUGCCUAAAUACAGUUCGUGGGUGCUUAGGUGGUGCUGCGUGGAGAGGUGCCCAAAAGUGGAUACCGUCUUCCCUGGGAAUUCAUUCGAGUUUACUGCAUUGGAGACCUUCUGGGUGUCAGAUCUCAUGAUGGCCCGCUCGAUUUUGAGUAAAGGUUCACGCUUUAAUGGAUAUGGUGAGAUUGGAUCCUUCAAAAGUUUACAGCACCUUCAGCUGCGUUCAUGCCCCAGCCUCCAAUUUGUGCUCCCGGUGUGGGUCUCCUCCUUCCCCAGCUUGGUGACCCUCCAUAUCAUCCACUGCGGCAACCUCAGCCACGUCUUCGUACUGGACGAAGAGUACCCUGAAGAAAUAACCACCCUUGGUGUACUAUUCCCGAAGCUGACAACCAUCGAUUUGCAUGACCUGCCGAAGCUGGAGAACAUAUGCGAGGUCAAGAUGGUGGCCCCUGCGCUCGAGAGCAUCAAGAUCAGGGGAUGCUGGAGCCUGCGCCGGCUGCCAUCUGUGGGUGCGCAUGGCAAUGGCAAGAAGAAGCCGGCCAUUGAGAUCGAGAAGGACGUGUGGGACGCCUUGGAGUGGGACGCCCGCCACCGCCCUGUCCACUUCGAGGCGCCGGUCCACUCGCGCUACUACAAGGAGAAGCUGCCCAGGGUCUCCGUCCUUAGGUACUAAUUAUACAUGCAAAUGACUUCCGAGUCCAUUUGCCACUGCUCCUGGUUGCAUUCAGUUACUGACCAUCUUGUUUCUCCAUGUCUCUCACAUCGCCUAGGUGAACUCUACACUCUGCUGUGUGCUCCGUUGCUACAUGAAAGUGAUGGACGUUGCUGGAUCAUGCGUUUGGUUUGCUUUGUGUGCUUUGUGUGCUUAUGGUGGCUCUCACCGUUUAUUAUAUUGUGGAUUUCAAACAGGAGACUUGCUGUGGACGGUGUGCGUGCGCGUGGUUUGAAAUUGGAGCGGCUUGCUGUGGACGCCUGCUAUGCGUGUGUGUUUGAGGAAUUGUCACAGCUGCCUAUGUCUAUCUGUGCCUGCGUGUAUCUACAAGGCUAGCUUGCUUGUGAGUGUGAAUUGUUUGAGAGUGUUUGCCAUGUAUCUGAACCAAGAAACAGCUUGCCUGGUUGUGUGUGUGCUUGUGUAUGCAUUGACCUGCUAGCUGCUUGUGUGUUUGUUUGCUAUACUUAUGAAAAAAAUGAAAAAGCAGCAGCUAUCUGUGCUGGUUGUUGCAAUUGCUUG